AUGCUGAGCUGCUCCCUCACUCUUCGGUCUCUGCGCUUGUUCUCGACCCCCGGUACUCGUCGCUUCUACUCCGUCAUGUCGAACCUCUCCGUGCAGCUGGUUGCCCCGAACGGGCGCUCCUACGCCCAGCCCAUUGGCCUCUUCAUCAACAACGAGUUUGUUGCAUCCAAGUCGGGCGAGAAGAUCGCCUCAAUCAACCCAUCCAACGAAGCGGAAAUCACCUCCGUCUAUGCCGCCGGCGAGGAGGAUGUCGAUACCGCCGUCAAGGCUGCUCGCAAGGCCCUGAAGGAUCCUUCCUGGAAGCAGCUGCCUGCUACCAACCGCGGCGCCCUCAUGUUGAAGUUGGCCGACUUGAUCGAGCAGCACAAAGAGACUCUGGCGACUAUUGAGACUUGGGACAACGGCAAGCCCUACCAGGUCUCGCUGAACGAUGACCUCGGCGAGGUCACCAACACCUUGCGGUACUACGCCGGCUGGGCCGAUAAGUCCUUUGGCCAGACCAUUGGCACCACUCCCCAGAAGUUCGCCUACACUCUGCGCCAGCCCAUUGGUGUCGUUGGCCAAAUUAUUCCCUGGAACUUCCCUCUGGCCAUGGCCGCCUGGAAGCUGGGUCCGGCCCUGGCCUGCGGCAACACCAUCGUCAUGAAGGCUGCCGAGCAGACCCCGCUCAGCAUUCUGUACCUGGGCAACCUGAUCAAGGAGGCUGGUUUUCCUCCCGGUGUCAUUAACAUUCUGAACGGCCACGGCCGUGUCGCCGGUGCCGCGCUGGUGCAGCACCCUGACGUUGACAAGGUCGCCUUCACCGGCUCGACCAUCACUGGGCGCGAGAUCAUGAAGAUGGCCGCCGGCACUCUGAAGAACAUUACCCUCGAGACUGGUGGCAAGUCGCCGCUGGUUGUCUUCGAGGACGCCGACCUCGAGCAGGCCGCCAAGUGGGCUCACAUCGGUAUCAUGUACAACCAAGGCCAAGUCUGUACCUCGACUUCGCGUAUCCUCGUCCACGACUCCGUCUACGACAAGUUCGUCGCUCUGUUCAAGGAAGUUGUCGCUUCCACCAGCAAGGUCGGCGACCCCUUCCAGGAUGAUACCUUCCAGGGACCCCAGGUCACAAAAGCGCAAUAUGACCGCGUUCUCUCGUACAUCGAAGCCGGCAAGUCCGAGGGCGCCACCCUCGCCGCUGGCGGCGAGCCCUACAAGAACGUUGGCGACGGCCGCGGCUUUUUCAUCGCCCCAACAAUCUUUACCAACGUCAAGGAUAACAUGCGUAUCUACCGCGAGGAGGUGUUCGGACCGUUCGUCGUGAUCUCCAGCUUCACUGGUGAAGAGGAGGCUGUCACUCGCGCCAACGACACCACCUACGGUCUCGGCGCUGCCCUCUUCACCCGCGACAUUGAGCGUGCCCACCGCGUGGCUUCGGAAAUUGAGGCCGGUAUGGUCUGGAUUAACAGCAGCAAUGACAGCGAUUUCCGGGUGCCGUUCGGUGGUGUGAAGCAGAGCGGUAUUGGUCGUGAGCUUGGCGAGGCGGGUCUGGAAGCAUACUCCCAGGUCAAGGCUGUUCACGUCAACAUGGGCUGCCGUCUGUAA